AUCAACAUACAGGAGAGAAAGGCAAAAUGAUCACACUGGAUUACAAAGUUUGGAUUUUCUUGAUUGUUGUGAUUUCAUGUUGCUUUCUUACAAAAUCUCAUUCUCUGAUGACUGAAAAUAAUGAGGUAAAAACCAAGGACAUAGAUAUCCUGAGACAGUUAUUGAACCAGGAAUCUUUAUUCAGAAUAGCUUUGACCAAAGACGUCGAGAGCCUCAAACAACACCUUUUAUCAAAACAGGAUGAAACAGCAGAACACACUAUGUCUUCGGAGAGCUCCCGUGUAUUAGAAGAGAGAAAUUUCAUUAACGCUUCAUUGUUACAAACGCUUGCAGAGAACGUCAGUGGUCAUAUAAUCGAAAACAUAAGCAACCAAAUUUCUUCACAAAGUCAACAGUUUUCAAAAUUUUUUGAUAAUGUUACAAAGCUCUCGGCGAUGCUCUUGAAAGGUUUUGAAAGACUUGAGAAUAUGUCUGUAAACACAAUGCAGAAAUCUGAUGCAACGGAUAUCAAAGUGAAAACUGAUUUAGUAGAAAAAAGAUACAGAGAUUGUCAGGAGAUUAUGAAUAAGAACACAAGCCUGAGGAACCAGAAUGGUGUAUAUACAAUUUAUCUUGGAUGCAACACACCAAGGAAGGUUUUCUGUGACAUGACCACCAAUGGCGGGGGAUGGACGGUAAUACAGAGAAGAUUUGAUGGAUCAACAGAUUUUUACAGAAAUUGGGAAGAUUAUAAGGAAGGAUUUGGAGAUGCUAGUAAAGAAUACUGGUUAGGAAAUGACGCAAUCCAUGAUCUUACCGAUGGCAGAAAUCAAGAACUUUGGAUAGACUUAGAAAAAUUCUCUGGUUCAAUGGUGUAUGCUCGAUAUUCAAGCUUCUCAGUCGGAAGUGAGGAAGACAAAUACCAGCUGUCUAUUGCGGGAUACAGUGGAAAUGCAGAUGAUGCCAUGAUACAAGCUUACAGUUUGAAUGGUACGUAUUUUACAACAAAGGAUCGUGAUAAUGACAAGAGUUCCGGUAACUGUGCAAUCAGACACACUGGUGCAUGGUGGUUCGGCAACUGUGCAUGGUCAAGUCUCAACGGUGUCUACCAAACUUCAAAUAGGAACAACAACAAGGGACAGUAUUGGGGAACAAAUACAGAAAACAUGAAAUCGACCAAAAUGAUGAUUAGGUCAAAAUAAAAAAAAAUAUCCAGCGAACCACGAUGUUUCUAAAUAUUUUGUAAAUCUUUAAUUUCCAGAAAGAAACUUUGCUGAAAACGGUUGUAAUAAAGAGUUAAUGCUGAAAAAUACCCGACGUUGAGAUUCCAGACCUAAGUGACUCCUUUCAUGUAUUAUAGAAAUGAAAUGUGAAAAUAACGAACAGUGUUCAUGUUUAAAAGUCCAAAAUUUUAAAUGAACUUUAAAUAUAGACUAGAAGAAUAUAUUCUUAAUACAUGUAUACAUUUCUUAAGUAAACACUGCUCAAAGUGUUUAUGCUGCUGUUUGAAAUAAUGUCAUCGAUGUCAAUUUAUUUUCUCUCAUAUUUGCUUACUAGAGUAUGAUACAGUAAAAAAUGGCGACCAUGAAA